AUGGAAGGAACCUGUCUCUGCGGCGCCAUCAGAGUCCGCGUCAACGACCCUGACUUGUUCACGAAGAAGAGAGGCCACAUCUGCAGAUGUACCAACUGCAAGAAGACGGCUGGAUCUGCCGCUGCUACCAACCUGAUUAUCGAGGAUGAGAAAGUCGAGAUCAUCGGUGAAGAGAACUUGAAGCGGUACGAGGACAGAGAUACGUUGAGCGGGACGCCGUUGGGCAGGUUCUUUUGCUCAAAUUGCGGGAACCCAAUCAAGUCUGUGACACCACUGUACAAAGGCAAGACAGUGUUGAAGCUGGGAAUCUUCCCGAAGAUCCCGACACCGGAGUGGGAAUCGUUCACGGGGAGCAAGCAAGAGUGGGAAAGAACGCUUGAGGGGACGGUGUUGUACAAAGGGAAGAGUUUUGGGGAGAAGAUGGAGUAA